AAAUAUGUGAUCUGUUUGGUUUAAAGGUAUAAAGGUAGUGAAGCUGCAUUAGGUUUGAUCUGUGUCUCUGUGUGUGUUUGUGAGAUGGCAGAAGCCAGUAUAUCAUGGGCUCAGGAUCAGUUCAAAUGUUCAGUAUGUCUGGAUCUCCUGAAGGAUCCAGUGACUGUUCCCUGUGGACACACUUACUGUAUGAGAUGUAUCACAGACUGCUGGGAUCAAGAGGAUCAGAGAGGAAUCUACAGAUGUCCUCAAUGCAGAAAGACCUUCAGUCCACGACCUGUUUUAGGGAAGAAUGUGGUGGUCGCUGAGAUGGUGGAGAAACUGAAGAAGACAAGAAUUGAAGUUAGUGGAGAUGUGAAGUGUGACGUCUGUACUGGAAGAAAACUCAAAGCCAUCAAAUCCUGUCUGAUGUGUCUGAACUCUUACUGUCAAACUCAUCUUGAUCAACAUGAGAAUUUCUUCAGAGGUAAAAGACACAACUUGGUAGAAGCAACCGGACAACUGCAGGAGAUGAUCUGCUCUCGACAUGAUAAAAUGAUUGACAUGUACUGCCGAACUGACCAGCGAUGUAUUUGUAUGUUGUGUAUGGUGGAUGCACACAGAAAUCAUGACACUGUAUCCAUAUCAACAGCAAGCACAGAGAAACAGAAUGAAGUUCAUCAGAAGAUCCAGGAAAGAGAGAAAGAUCUUCAGAAGCUCAGAGAGACGGUGGACUCUUAUAAGAGAUCUGCACAGACAGCAGUGGAGGACUGUGAGAUGAUGUUUACUCAACUGAUCUCUGAAGUGACACAACUGAUCAGAGAUCAGGAGAAGACUGCAGUGAGUCGAGCUGAAGGACUUUUGGAGGGACUGAAGCGGGAGAUUGAAGAUUUAAAGAGAAAAGAUGCUGAAAUAAAGACGCUUUCACAAACACAAGAUCACUUUCAGUUUCUCCAGAGUUUCCAGUCUCUUUCUCUCUCUGGAUCUACAGAAAACUUCAAUAUCACUCCCGACAUCUCUUUUGAUGCUGCUAUGAAAUCUAUCACUCAGUACAGAGAGAAACUGCAGCGUUUCUGCAGAGAAGAGAUGAAGAAGAUUUCUGUGACAAACACCCAGAUGAGUUUGAUUGCUGAACCCAGAAACAGGAGGGAAUUCCUGCAAUGUUUCCAUCAGUUCACACUGGAUCCAAAUACAGUGAAUCAUUAUAUUAAACUGUCCGAGUGGAAUAAAGAAGGUACAGUCGUAACUUCACCCCAGCCGUAUGUGGAUCAUCCUGACAGAUUUGACGGCUGGACCGAGGUUUUCUGCACAGAAGGUGUGAAUGGCCGCUGUUAUUGGGAGGUGAAUUGGAGUGGACAGGGAAAGUUGGGUGUAGAUAUAGCAGUGGCGUAUAAGAGCAUGAGCAGAAAGGGAAAUGGUCUUGACUCUGCAGCUGGACGUAAUGAUCAAUCCUGGAAUUUAUUCUGCAGCCCGAAUUAUUAUUCAUUCAUGCACAAUAACAUGGAGACGAUUCUUUCUAUUAGCCCAACCACCUCAAGAAUAGGAGUGUAUGUGGAUCACAGUGCAGGAAUAUUAUCUUUCUACAGCGUCUCAGACACAAUGACCCUCAUCCACAGAGUUCAGACAACAUUCACUCAACCUCUCUAUCCUCUGUUUGGUCUGGAUGAAUGCACAUCAUUCAGACUGUCAUCUAACAUUAUUAAUGAUAUUGAGAUUCUGGCUGCAUUAUUGUCAUUAUAGUUGCAAGAUUAAUCCCUAAAAGGUCAUUCACACACUGAUUUUUGCCGUUCGUCAGAUCAGUGUCAAUUCUUACUCUUUAUUC